UGAGAGCAGGAAGUGGAAUCCCGACCCGGCGGCGGGUGGCGAGUGUGCUGCGGCAACUACUGUCCAAGGAACUGCCUCAGCUGCGGGCACCCGAGGCGAUGGAGGGGCCAGGGCUGGGCUCGCAGUGCAGGAAUCACAGCCAUGGCCCCCACCCUCCAGGAUUUGGCCGGCCCAGCACCUGUGCCCAUGAAAAUAAAGAGCUUGCCAAGGCAAGAGAAGUUCUUCCUCUUAUAGAGGACUCUAGUAAUUGUGACAUUGUCAAAGCCACCCAAUACGGGAUUUUCGAACGAUGUAAAGAGUUGGUAGAUGCAGGAUAUGAUGUAAGACAACCAGACAAAGAAAAUGUGUCACUUCUUCAUUGGGCUGCUAUUAACAACAGGCUGGAUCUUGUAAAGUUUUAUAUUUCAAAAGGUGCUGUUGUAGAUCAGUUGGGUGGAGAUUUAAAUUCAACUCCUCUUCACUGGGCCAUCCGACAGGGGCAUUUACCUAUGGUCAUAUUGUUACUCCAGCAUGGUGCCGACCCCACUCUCAUCGAUGGAGAGGGAUUCAGCAGCAUUCACCUGGCAGUGUUAUUUCAGCGCAUGCCUAUUAUAGCAUAUCUCAUCUCAAAGGGACAGAGUGUGAAUAUGACAGAUGUAAAUGGGCAGACUCCUCUCAUGUUAUCUGCUAACAAAGUAAUAGGGCCAGAGCCAACUGGAUUUCUUUUAAAGUUUAACCCUUCUCUCAAUGUUGUUGAUAAAAUACACCAAAAUACUCCACUCCACUGGGCGAUUGCAUCAAGAAAUGUUAAUGCAGUUGAUAAACUUUUGGAAGCUGGUUCUAGCUUGGAUAUCCGAAAUGCUAAGGGAGAAACUCCUCUUGAUAUGGCUCUGCACAGCAAGGACCAGCUCAUUACUCACCUGCUAAAAGCGGAAGCCAAGUUGAGAGCCAACCAAAAGUUCAGACUUUGGAGGUGGCUACAGAAAUGUGAGUUCUUCCUGCUGCUGGUACUGACUGUGAUUACCAUGUGGGCUGUUGGAUACAUACUGGACUUCAAUUCAGAUUCUUGGCUUUUAAAAGGAUGUCUUCUAGUAACACUGUUUUUUCUGACAUCUUUGUUUCCAAGGUUCUUGGUCGGAUAUAAGAACCUCAUAUACCUACCCACAGUCUUCCUACUAAGUUCCAUAUUUUGGAUAUUUAUGACUUGGUUCAUACUAUUUUUUCCUGAUACUGCAGGCACCCCUGUCUAUUUCGUUUUCCUUUUCUGCAUAGUAGCCUUUCUCUACUUCUUCUACAAGACUUGGGCAACUGAUCCCGGCUUCAUUAAGGCAUCUGAAGAAGAAAGGAAAGUGAAUAUCGUCACCCUUGCAGAAACUGGCUGUCUGGACUUCAGAACAUUUUGUACAUCAUGUCUUAUAAGAAAGCCAUUAAGGUCACUCCAUUGCCAUGUAUGCAACACUUGUGUGGCUCGAUAUGACCAGCACUGCGUGUGGACUGGACGGUGCAUAGGAUUUGGGAACCAUCACUAUUACAUAUUCUUCCUGUUUUUCCUGUCGGUAAUAUGCGGCUGGAUUAUGUGUGGAUCUUUCACCUAUUGGUCGAAUCAUUGCGCCACAACAUUCAAGGAAGACGGCUUAUGGACCUACCUCAAUCAGAUUGUGGCCUGCUCCCCUUGGGUUUUAUACAUCUUCAUGCUGGCAGCUUUUCAUUUCUCGUGGUCAACGUUUUUAUUAAUGAAUCAACUCUUUCAGAUUGCUUUUCUGGGCCUGACCUCCCAUGAGAGAAUCAGCCUGCUGAAGCAGAGCAGGCAGAUGAAGCAGACCUUGUCCCUCAGGAAGACACCGUACAACCUUGGAUUCACACAGAACCUGGCAGAUUUCUUUCGGUGUAGCUGCUUUGGCUUGGUGAAGCCCUGCGCAGUCGAUUGGACAUCCCAGUACACCAUGGUCUUUCAUCCAGCCAAAGAGAAGGUUCUUCGCUCUGUAUGAAGAAAAGGAUCUCAAAACUGUCAUUCUGAUUUGUUUCUGUUUAUGAUGGUGUCCUGCCAGCUCUGAAAGAGAAAUGAAGUGUACAGUUCAUCUAAGCCCAAAGGAAAACACGGGUGGUUUUAGAGCCAUUUGGUAAAACAAUGAAGGUAUUACUCUUUCAGGCUGAGAAAGAUGAACUAUUCCUGAAUGCUCUUGGCAGACACUGUUUAAAAAAAAUUAUAUUUUUCACAAGAAAAUGCAAACUACUUUUUUUGAAGAUAAUGUUCAUUGCUUAUGGAUAAAAUAUUUUGAGAUACUAUAUUGGCUGUUUCAAAGUAGUACUAUUUGAGCAUGUAAUUUUUGAUAAGUUAUUCAUCAUUAUAUCUAUAAAUAUGUAAAGAAUAUUUAAGUAGGUAUCUGUUUUGCUUUCACAUUUAAUAAAAUUUUCUUUUGUAAUUGAGACUUAGUUUAUGUUUAUAUGACAUAAAGAAAUUUGCAGUCUCAGGAGUGAAUUGAGAUUACUGCUAACCCCAGUAAGCUUUAAUUUAAUUUUCCAUCUUAUUUAGAAAUUGAACAUAGGCAGUCUUAAAGAUUAAUUACUGUGUUUACUUAGUACCAUCAAAAUAUUACACCAGUUUGACUGUAAUUACUAAUUUCUUUAUUCUGGAGGAAACACUGAUUCAACUUUAACUCUUGGUAUAAUAUAGACAUCCCUGGGCAUGUCACCUGCCUGCGGUCCCCAUUACCUUUGAAAUAAAAGCUGUGAUUCACAUCAUGA